AGCACCGACGUCUCCUCAGUGUCGGACUCUGUGUUGUCUGGGAGGUACGUCCGUGGUAGCGCAGCUGUCGGCAAACCAGCUGUUCAGCCUCCAUCUGCUCGCUCCUGCUGCCGGGGGAGGCCUGCGUGUGCUGGACCAUGAGUGGAGCAGCGAGCAGAGGCCCCGCUGAGGGCCGCAAGGGUCCAGUCCAGGGUCCCUGCCGGGCCUCGUACCGCUGGCACCAUUACAGGAAGCCUUGGUGGAGAUCUGACCCCCAGCCUGAGCAGCUAUUGGGCAGAUACAAGUGGAGGACAUCUGCUCGCCUGGCGCCGGGGGCAGCCAACACGUCCCCUCCCGAGGUCAAAGGGCCGAGAGUCCGGCCUCUUCACCUACGACUGGUCAGCCUCCCGGGGUUUGGCUCCGUCACAGAACGAUUCCACGACGACCCGAUGAGGCCCGGCUCUCUGCGCAGGAUCCUCCCCUUCCUCAGGUCCAUGUCUGAGCCCGGGACAGGUGAUUCCCCGGAGAGGACGGUGCUAAGGAAGGCGGGAUCAGCUGCAGAUCGACGAGCUCCCGUCUUCAGCAGCUUCAUUCGCUCGUUCUCUCCGAGUAUCGGCAUCAGGGACGAUCCUGAAACUGACGGAGGGGAGUCUGACGUUAAAGGUCCUCCCGCUCAUCGCUUCUCCUGCGGCCAGAGUCCGUACACUGACAGUGGAGCCUGGGAGAGGAAGUUCUGCAUCCUGACGGACAGCCAGCUCGUCCUGCUCAACAAGGACGACGAGGCCACAGGUGAAGCUCAGGAGAGCCCCACGGACUCAGCGAAGGGGCGGAGUCUCCGCAGGACGGUCAGCGUCCCCUCAGAGGGACAGUUCCCAGAGUUCCAGGCAGAGGGCACCCCCGUGACAGAGGUGUCUUCGGAGCGAUCUCCGAGGAGGAGGAGCAUCUCCGGCCCGGGGAGUUCAGAGAAGACCGUCGCCGUCGACAAUCCAAACUCGUCACCUUUUAAAGUGCCGGGGUUUUUCAGUAAACGUCUCAAAGGCUCCAUCAAGAGAACGAAGAGUCAAACCAAACUGGACAGAAACACCAGCUUCAAACUGCCGUCGCUCCGACCCCCUGAGCCCGACAGGUCUCGCGGGCUCCCCAAGCUGAAGGAGUCGACUUCCCAUGAGUCUUUGCUGAGCCCAGGCAGCGCGGUGGAGGCUCUGGACCUGAGCAUGGAGGAAGACGUGUUCAUCAAACCUCUGCACUGCAGCAUUCUGGGACAGGAGUUCUGCUUCGAGGUGACGUAUUCGGGUGGCAGUAAGUGUUUCAGCUGCACUUCGGCUUCAGAGAGAGACAAGUGGAUGGAAAACCUUCGGAGGACGAUUCAGCCCAACAAGGACAACUGUCGACGAGCAGAGAACCUGCUGCGACUGUGGAUCAUCGAAGCCAAAGACCUGCCACCCAAGAAGAAAUAUUUCUGCGAGCUGUGUCUGGACGACGUCCUGUAUGCCCGCACCACCAGCAAGCCCCGUCACGACAGCCUGUUCUGGGGCGAAUACUUUGACUUCUCCAGCCUGCCAGCUGUGCACAGCGUCACUGUACACAUCUACCGCGACGUGGACAAGAAGAAGAAGAAGGACAAGAACAACUACGUGGGCCUGGUCAACAUCCCGGUGUCGGGCGUGACGGGUCGCCAGUUUGUGGAGAAGUGGUACCCGGUCAGCACGCCCACCACCAGCAAGGCCAAAGGAGGGGGGCCUUCGAUCCGCAUCAAGUCCCGCUUCCAGACCAUCUCCAUCCUGCCCAUGGAGCAGUACAAGGAGUUCGCUGAGUUCAUCACCAACAACUACACCAUGCUGUGCUCGGUGCUGGAGCCCGUCAUCAGCGUCAAGAACAAGGAGGAGAUGGCCUGCGCUCUGGUCCACAUCCUGCAGAGCACUGGGAGGGCAAAGGACUUCCUGACGGACCUGGUAAUGUCGGAGGUGGAUCGAUGUGCCGACCACGACGUCCUGAUCUUCAGGGAGAACACGUUGGCCACCAAGGCCAUCGAGGAGUAUCUGAAGCUGGUGGGACAGAAAUACCUGCACGACGCGCUCGGCGAGUUCAUUAAAGCUCUGUACGAGUCGGACGAGAACUGUGAGGUUGAUUCCAGUCGGUGCUCUGGCGGUGAUCUGGCUGAACAUCAGAGUAACCUGAAGAUGUGCUGCGAGCUGGCGUUCUGCAAGAUCAUCAACUCGUACUGCGUGUUUCCUCGGGAGCUGAAGGAAGUGUUCGCUUCGUGGAAGCAGCAAUGCGUCGCCCGCGGCCACCAGCAGGACAUCAGCAAGCGUUUGAUCAGUGCCUCGCUGUUCCUGCGCUUCCUCUGCCCCGCCAUCAUGUCGCCGUCGCUCUUCAACCUGAUGCAGGAAUAUCCAGACCACCGGACGUCCCGUACGCUUACGCUCAUCGCCAAAGUCAUCCAGAACCUCGCCAACUUCACCAAGUUUGGAAACAAAGAGGAGUACAUGGCGUUCAUGAACGACUUUCUGGAGCACGAGUGGGCGGGGAUGAUGCGUUUCCUGUCGGAGAUCUCUAACCCGGAGACUCUAUCCAACACACCGGGCUUCGAAGGUUACAUCGACCUCGGCCGCGAGCUGUCAGUCCUGCACGCUCUGCUGUGGGAGGUGGUGUCCCAGCUCGACAAGGGUGAAAAUUCCUUCCUGCAGGCCACCGUAGCGAAGCUGGGCCCGCUGCCGAGGAUUCUGGGAGAUAUCUCUCGCUGCCUCGCCGCCCCGACGCCAGUGCAGCAGCAGCUGCGACGUUUCCAGGACCAUAGCUCCGCCCACAACCUCAGCGGCAGCCUGUCGUCAGGGUUACACCGAAUCUUUGAGGACCCCGCCAACAGUCACUGUGAGGUCCGCAGCCUUCAGUCUCCGUGCAGUGAUCUGAUGGACGGUUAUGUUCGAGGUCAGCGCCCCCUGCUGGCUCAGCAGCAUCCUUCCAUCCACAGCAGCGUCUCUGAUCAGGAGCGAGACAACCUGCUGUCCAACGGACGCAGCGUCUCUCUGGUCGACCUGCAGGACGCUCAGAGCCUGCACGCCGCCGCGGGGCCCCCACCGCACCACGAGGCCCCGCCCCGCCCCAGCAGGGCCGGUUCCCAGGCCUCUAUCGGACACGGCCCGCCCCCACACACCUACCCCCACUCCAACCCCCUGACCCCCCAGCCGGCGCUACACCAGCCUAAAGCGGCGGCCAGGGACGGCCAGCCUCAGAGCGCUCCGCAGGUGAGGCGGCCGCUGCAUCCCUCUGUCAGCCAACAGCGCAGCCUGCAGCCGCUGUCCUUCCAGAACCCCGUCUACCACCUGAGUAACCCCGCCCACAGCCUGUCCACACGCUCCGCCCACUCGCUGCAGCAGGAUUCCAGCUCGGAGAACCUGAGCACCGAAAGCUCCCACAACAGCCACAGCAACUCUGAUGACUACGGCAGCCAGGUGGGGGUCAAAGGUCGAGUGCCGUCCAACAGCAGCCUGGACGAGCUUGGCAGCAGGCGGAGCAUGCAGAGCGAGGAGUGUUCCACGCCGCGCCGCCACGCACUGCCUGACCUUCCGCCCGGCACCGCCACAGCGGUCGCCAUCCCUCGUCAGAGCACGACGGCGGGCACCGCCCACAUCGUCAAGGUGGAACAGCAGAGCAGAGGAGGGGGCGGGGCCAGGACGCCACGCUCUCUCCCACACAGUGCCUCGUUACGAAGCAGCAGCAGCGCCAAUACCGAGCCGACACCCACCGCCACCAACGUCAACCGCCAACAGCCAACCUGCUCUGUGGAGAACAUGGCUCCGCCCCCAAAGAGCGCCACCAAACCACCACAGGUGGCGUCUCCGGUGGACACGGUGGCGGUGGCGAUGUCUCCAGUGGAGAGGACGGCGGCCUGGGUCCUCAACAACGGCCAGUACGACGAGAAGGAGGAGGAGGGAGGAGGGGAGGGAGGGGGGGAGAGGAGCAGAGAGGAGGGGCGGAGCACCGAGAAGUACGAGCUGGAGAUCUCUCGGCUGAAGGAGCGCCUGCGGGUGUCCGGUCGGCGCCUGGAGGAGUACGAGCGGCGGCUGCUGGCUCAGGAGCAGCAGAUGCAGAAGCUGCUGCUCGAGUAUAAGAACCGUCUGGAGGACAGCGAGGAGCGACUGAGGCGGCAGCAGGAGGAGAAGGACAAUCAGAUGAAGAGCAUCAUCUGCAGGCUCAUGGCGGUGGAGGAGGAGUUAAAGCGUGACCACGCAGAGAUGCAGGCGGUGAUUGAAGCUAAACAGAAAAUCAUCGACGCUCAGGUCCGUAACGGACGUGAAAUUAACCAAUCAGGAGAAGAGGAUCGGGUCCCUGGACGCAGCAAACUCCCGGCUGAUGUUGGCGCUGACGCAGGUGAAGGAGCGUUACAGCGCCCCCAGCCUCCACAACGGCCUGUCGCCCAGCAACCCCACCAAACUGUCCAUCACUGAGAACGGAGAGUUCAGGAACAGCAGCUGCUGAUUGGUCGACAGGGAUAGCAGGUGAAGGGGGUGGGUGGGACUCAAAGUCCUGACUCCGCCCACCUCACCUCCAUCAGCAGCUCUGCGGACGAUCGAACAGAGAGAGAGAGAAUCCAUAUAUACGAGUGUAAAUACUGAAGCAUCGAUAAGUUCAGACUGUGCGUGCGUGCACGUGUGUGUACGUGUACGUGCGCAGCGUUCCAGAAGCACAGCGAAGAAGAACGAACCAAAAGAUACUCAAGUUUUUCUAAGACUUUUUUAUGGUUUUUAUUUGAAUCUUGUUUUUGUUUAAUUUUCAUUUUUCAGAGUGAAACUUUUCUUUGUUUUUCUGACGAGUUGUUUUCACUUUUUAUUUAUUCGUCCUGUUGCUACUGAACCGACACCUGCACGAUCAGGUCAAAGGUCACACCCGUCUGCUGUCACAUGUUGAAUAAAAGAUGCCUGAAAA